CAUUCACCAGGUACUCACCAAGUUUGGAAAGUUACAUAUCGUCGCUUUCAUCUUGUUGGGUACUUUUUUUUUCUCAGAAGAGGAGACAAUGGCAGUGAGAGGAAAGGUGGAGGUGGAGGUGGAUCUCAAGUCAUCCGCUGCUCAGUUCUACGGCUUCUUCAGGAACACCCCACACCACCUUCCUAAAGCUUGCACUGAGCUGCACGCUGGGGAGAUCCAUGAAGGUGAAUGGCUCUCUGCGGGCUCCGUUAGGAAGUGGACUUACUCUGUCGAAGGGAGAAAGGAGACAUUCAAGGAGAAGGUCCAGUUUGACGACCAGAACAAGAGCAUAACCCACGUCGGCAUCGAAGGCGAGGUGUUCAACUAUUACAAGACCUACAAGGCCAUCUGGAAGGCCGUCCAUGGGGCUGGAGGACCAGACGUCGUCAAGAUGAUCAUCGAGUACGAGAAGUUGAACGAGAGCAUGCCACACCCAGUCAAGUAUCUCGAUUUCAUGGCGAACAUGACCAAAGACAUCGAUGCUCACCUCGUCAAGGCCUAAGCCCUACGAAAGAAGAGGAAGAAGAACUAUGAUGUCUGCUUGUGUUUCGAAUAUCCAAAUAAACAAGCAUAAAUAAACAGGGAGUGAUCAGCACUACUUAGUAAGUGCUGAACUCUCUGAUCUGUUUUCGUGUC